AUGGCCCGGACGAAAGGCCCUGCGCGGAAAAUAUGGCCGCCGCGUAGGCGGCACCGGGUGCUCGUCGCAUCUCUCCUAGUCCAAAACCCUACAGCGGUCGUCGGGCGUAAGGAGACCACUGCGGAACCAGUUGCGUCAGCACCAACGACGCGGGCGCGCAGCCGCCGCAUCGCCGCUGCCACCGACGCCCUCUCCAAGGAUAUUCUGGUGUACGAGAUCUUUGUGCGCCUUCCGGCCAAGGACAUCCUUCGCUGCCGUGCAGUUUGCCGUUCCUGGCGCAACCUCACCUCCGCUCCUGAUUUCCUCCUCGCCCACCACCGAGGACAGCCAUCGUUCCCCCUCCUCACACUCAACGGCGCAGACAUCACCAAGGAUGGCUCGCCAAUCUGCAACCACAGCCGCCCCCUCCUCGGGCUUGAUGACUAUGAAGGCUUCAAGCUGCUCGCCUCCUGUGAUGGGCUCCUCCUGUUCAGCCUCUCUAACGGCCGAUUCAGCAUCUGUAACCCGACUACACGUCAGUGCGCUCCACUCCCAUGCCUCACCGCCGCAGGACGCAUCAACAUUGUCGCGUUGUACCUGCACUCCCCGUCCGGGGAGUAUCGCGUCUUGUACUGGAAAGGGAGACAACAAGAUCACCACCUCAAAGCUGCCUACUACAUCCUUAAGGUGCGUCAGGGGCAGUUGUCGAGAUGCAUUGGAGUUCCUUCAAGUACCGCCGGUAUCGAUAAAAUUAUGCUGGACUGGCACGAAACUACUACUAAUUUUGCACCACCUGUCGUUUUCCGCAACUGUCUUCACUGGAACGCUGGCUGCGAUGCUGGCAUACUCGUGUUUGACAACAUUAUUGAAUCAUUCAGGCUCAUGCGCAGCCCGGCUGCUGCUACCAGAAUAUGCAAUCAUUUAUGCGCAAUGGAAGGUUCGAUUGCCUUUAGCUGCCAUGAUGGUAGUAGGAGAAGAAUCAUCAAAAUCUGGGUGCUGGAGGAUUACGAGAGAGAGGUUUGGUCAUUCAAAUACCAUGUUACCCCCAGUGUGGAGAGCUUUUAUUACGAUGACCAUUUGGUUUUGUCCCAGAAGGGAAAUGUGCUGGUCUACAAGGCCUUCACAGGUCGCAUGUUCCACUGUGACAGCACCGGCAAAUUGCUAGAGGAAUUUCAAUGUGAUUCACCGGGUUUGAGCAGUAUUGGACAUUGGUUCAAGGAAAGCCUCGUCAAGCAUGACAUCUCCCUGAGGCGAGGUUGUGCCCGUGUUUUCCAAAGGGUCUAA